CAGUUGAGAAAACAGUUGACCGCAAAAAACAAAAGGAAACACAGAAAUGUAAACACACCUGAAAAAAAGAUGGGGCACUUUUGCUUCAGGCAAAACUAAACACAAUGAGCAGAAACAGGUCAUACUUGGUCCCGCAAGUGUAACUGGUUCCUCCUGACAGCAUCUGGCUAGUAAAUAACUGGUUCAGGAUUGAUUCUCAUCUUUCUUCCCUCUACGUCUCGCCUUGGAUACACAUUAGUUUGUUCUUUUUCCAUAUCGCAGUUCUCUGUUGACUCUACUGAAAACAUCAAGUCGACUCUGUUUCAUCUCAACAAAGCAAGCUAUUCUGUCACACUUCUGGUCACAUUCUCCAGUGGUCAAAGCAUACGUAAUCAAAGAUGUGAGCAGGGCGACACGAUCUUAAUGCAGCACAUUAAAUCCUCCAUGAUGUGUGUGUAUUCCUGUGCGUUGAGCAGGGUUGGGAGUGUGUUCACCCAGGCCUCCCACAACCCAGAAGGGCAUGCACGUGUCGACUGGUAUAACAACGUCCAUGUGUCCACAUCUGUCUGUGUGUGCUGGUGUAGAAAAAGAGUGUUUUGUCCCUGUGACAUCACUGCACAACUCUCCCUACACUCCACACACACACACACACACACACACACACACACACACACACACACACACACACACACACACACACACACACAGGACUCCCAGACCAACCAGCAGCCAUUAGAUCUCUUGCCUUUGCUUUGUUUAGACAGUUUGUCUACAGGCAAUGAACUCACACUCAGGAGCUCAGUGUUGACACGGAGCAAACAACCACAGAUUAUUUCAUCUGCUGAGGAGGAUGUUGUGUGCAUCAGGCGACAAAAACAACAGCAUUUUUCUGGAGCACCAGCACACAGAGCGGACAACUGUUCCGAUAACAUAAAUGCUGCCCGAGUCCUCUCCAGGAACUACUCAUACCGUCAAAAUGCUGGCCAUUCUGGAGCAAUGGAACGUGGAGUCUGGCUGUUACAUGGACAACACUGCGAGGUAUCUGUUAAUGAUGCUUUUCAAGUUGGGCCUGGACGCAGCAGUCCAUUUCUUAUGCUGCCGGAAGCUGUAUAGCUCCAUUCUAAGCAUGUGCAGCCUGUCCAUUGUCCUGGCUGACUCUGUGGUGGCGUUUUCUUUGGCAACCAUGUGUUUUCUUGGGGCUGAAGCGUCUCCUAUGUCACCCUGCUCCCUCUUGGCUCAUGCCUCGGCGACAUAUGGAGCAGUGCCGCUGCCUAUGAUGUUCCUUGGUUUAUUGGACUACUGUUUAGAAGAUACCCACUUCUGCAAACAGAGGGCCUUCUGCAGAUGCCUGAGAAACGCCGUUUUGAUAUUGCUGAUAUGGCUGGUAGCUGUCGCCUUCUCCUUCUGUUCUGUCAACACUGAGCCGAUGGAACUGGAGUAUUCGACGCAUGUAACGGCUCUAGUUUGUGAAGUAGAGGAGUCUCCACUGAUUAGCUGCUUCACUUUGCUGCUUUUCACAGCAGUGAUUUGUGCCAUGCUGCCCUUUUGGUCAAGUAUUCUCAAGUGGCAAGAGGAGGCAGACAGGUUAUCUGAAGCGAGGGAAGAACAAGAGAACCCCAAAAGCGACUUUUUGUUCGUCUCAACCAACUGCGCCACAGAGGCAGAAAGCAGCCAGGAGACUCAUCUGGAGGAGAUCAACAGGCCAAGACCACCUCUGUGGCUCAGUCUAACGCUGGGCUUUGCCAUGUUUUGGAUGCCUUAUCUAUUCAUAUCUGUGCUCUGCCUGGUCUUAGGCUUCGGAGUACCUGCCUACAUCACUGUUAACGUUCUGUGGAUGGAGUGCACCAACAGUUUACUGAUGGGCGUGGUGUUCUGGGCCAAGAGCAGCACCCUAGGGCCGUACGACCAUCUACCAGAAAACGUGUGCUUGUGGCAUGUUUACUGGCAUUUGAGCAAAGGAACAGGGCAGCGGCAGCUCCCGGUGGCUGUGUUCAACCCAUCAAAAGUGAAGAGAACCACUCUCUUCUACGUGUGACACAAGAAAGCAAGAGAGACUCCACAUCAUCUCUGCAGCAAAGCCUCGCCAACCGUCCGCACUAGAUGUUCACACAGAACCAAGCAGCUCCAGCGUAAAGCCACACCAGUGUGUCAAUUCACACUGCACGCUGGUGCUGCGGAUCCAAAAGAGGCAUGAUGGUACACGUCAUGACGUUGACAUCUGUGUUUUGUUUUUUUCAAGGUGUUUCUAACUGACUAUUUAUAAUCAUACCGAUGCUGUUAUAAUGUGUUGUGAUUGAGCUCCUGACCCGCCGAACAUCCUGGAAAGUGACAAAGCUCUAAAUUUCAUCAUGUUGACUUCAGUAAACAGGAGGCUGUCUGACUGUCUCACUCACAGGAGGGAUGCCGUUUCCAGGGGGGGAAGUUCACUGAAGUGUCGGUCGGGAGGGCUGACCAUCGCAGUGAUUUUUUUCAAGAAAGUAACUACAAUAACACAAUAGUUGAGGGAGACAAACACGUGGCAAGUUAAAGUUUUUUGUUUCGUUUUGUUUUUUUUCAGGACAAAAUGUGACAAAGAGUUGGUAAGACAGACGGGACGACAGACAUUUUCCAUGUAUAACUGUGGAUUUUCUUUCCUCAUAUGAGUUGCCAAACACACUACUAGUUACCACAUUACUGCUGUUUGGUCCUGUGACAUUGCUUUGCGAGUCAAUUCUCUUUUAUUUGAUGUGUAAAGAAUCUGUUUAGCUGUCAGACUGUGAACACCAUCAGAUCGACACGCCCCCGCUCCACACGUCCAGCUUAUCUGUUCACAAAGGCGUCAGAAGUUCUGACCCAAAGUGUUGAUGAAAGCUGUGGAAUGAAGCGAAGCUUUGUAAACAUUUGUAGAAAUCACAGUACAUUAACUAUUUUCUAUUUUCUACUUGUUUGUCAUAAAGAAAUUUAAAAUGAUCAUUUUAGACUUACUAUGAGGAUGCAUGGCUAUCUGGUAUGGCUUUCAAAGUGCUUCUUCAAAAAAAAAAAAAA